GUUGUAAAGAUAAAAAUGUUAUGUUUGUCAGUUGUGACGAUGACAACUGAAGUUGGCUCAGAGACUGAAGUAAAGAAAGAUUCUGAGCAGCUGGGACCAGACAAAGCCAAGGACAAGCCUGAAGAAGCAUCAGAGACUCCAGAAAAUCAAAAGUCCAAGGAAGCAUCCUCUGAAGAAGCUCAAGAUUCUUCUCUCCCAGAACCAACUAGCCAAAGUAGUCCAAGUAGCCAGAAGAAGCAAAAAGCUUCACCUGAAAGCAAGGGUAUUUCUCGUUUCCUUCCCCCCUGGCUUAAGAAACAAAAAUCAUACACCUUGGCAGAGCCCAAAGAUGAGCCCAAGAAAAAGGCCACAGGGGAAGAACAAGUAAUUGGAGAAAGCGAAAGCCAGACACCAGAGGGGGUGGCUCAGCCAAGAAAGAGCUUGGAAGAAGCAGCUGAAAAUCACCGUAAUGCUAAAGCAGAUGACAAGGAAAAACAGUCUGUCAGCAGUGCUGAAACACCACAGCUUGUCAAAGAAGAUGGUAAAGAAAUGGAAGUAGAGAAAGUUGCAGAGAAAAAGGAAGAAAACAAAGAAGAAAAGGAAAAAAGGGAAACAAAAGAAGUGCAGACAGCUGAAAUUAAAACAGAUGACAUUCCCCAGAAAUCUCCCAAGAAAAUCAAAACUGUGCAGUGUAAAGUGAUGCUUCUGGAUGGCACAGAAUACAGCUGUGACCUAGAGAAAAGAGCAAAAGGACAACUGCUGUUUGAUAAAGUAUGUGAACAUCUCAAUUUACUGGAAAAGGACUAUUUUGGGCUGUUGUUUUAUGAGACUUCAGAACAGAAGAACUGGCUAGAUCCUUCGAAGGAAAUCAAGAGACAAAUUCGAAGUUUACCUUGGAUAUUCACCUUUAAUGUGAAGUUUUAUCCCCCUGAUCCUUCACAGUUGACUGAAGACAUCACUAGGUAUUUCUUGUGCCUACAGCUUCGUCAGGAUAUUGUAUCUGGUCGACUGCCCUGUUCUUUUGUGACUCAUGCCCUCCUUGGUUCAUAUACCCUGCAGGCUGAGCUGGGUGAUCAUGACCCAGAGGAACACCGCAGUGAUUAUAUCAGUGAAUUCCAAUUUGCACCCAAUCAAACUCAAGAAAUGGAAGAGAAGGUGGCUGAGCUACACAAAACACACAGGGGCUUGACUCCAGCACAAGCGGAUUCCCAGUUCCUAGAAAAUGCUAAGAGACUCUCCAUGUAUGGAGUGGAUUUACAUCAUGCCAAGGAUUCUGAAGGUGUGGAUAUCAUGCUGGGUGUAUGUGCUAAUGGUCUGCUGAUUUACAAAGAUAGACUCCGGAUAAACCGCUUCGCUUGGCCAAAAAUUCUGAAGAUUUCAUACAAGAGAAGUAAUUUCUAUAUCAAAGUCAGGCCAGCAGAACUGGAACAGUUUGAGAGCACUAUUGGGUUCAAACUGCCAAACCACCGGGCUGCUAAAAGGUUAUGGAAGGUUUGUGUGGAGCACCAUACUUUCUUCAGACUUGUAUCACCGGAACAGCCUCCAAAAGCAAAGUUUCUAACCUUGGGUUCCAAGUUCCGCUACAGUGGACGUACGCAAGCACAGACACGGCAGGCAAGCAACCUCAUAGACAGACCAGCUCCGUACUUCGAACGCACGUCAAGCAAACGUGUUUCCAGAAGCCUUGAUGGAGCUCCUAUGGGUAUCUCAGACCAAAGUCUAAGAGACUUCUCUGCUACUGGAGGCCAGGCUGCUGGAGAUAAAAUCCUUGACACUGAAGCUGCUGGUCAGGCUAAUUUAAAAGAAGGUGGCAGAGAAGAAGAUGGAAGCCCAGUCAAAACUCCACAAUUAGAAUUGACUCAGGAUGGAAAGAUCAAUUCCUUGAGAGUAGACGGGGAAAAUAUUUAUGUCAGACAUAGCAAUUUAAUGUUGGAGGACCUGGAUAAGACCCAGGACGACUUACUGAAACACCAGGCUAGCAUUAGUGAGCUCAAGCGCAAUUUCAUGGAAUCCACACCCGAACCACGCCCAAAUGAGUGGGAAAAGCGGCGUAUCACACCUCUGUCCCUACAGACACAAGGGAAAAAAGGGGACCACAUUUUCCAAGUGAAAACGCUGCCUGGGAAGGAGAAACAAUGGAUUGCAAUGCCAUGGAUUGGUGGAGCAAAACCUGAGGAAACCGAUAAGAGCCUAGAAGAGGAGAUAACCUCCAUUUUGUUUAGUAAGGAGGGCUUUGGCGCCAGCACCAGAGGGCCCUUCGCCGCCGCCAGCCCGGGGCCAGCAGAGGGCGCUGCGGGGGAACAGACCGGCGCCAGCGCCGCGGCCGCGCCGCCGCCCCAGAGACAUGCUUCCAGAGCAGAAGGGCCUUGUAUUGGAGUCAGCAAUGCUGAUAAGAGUUCACAUGAGACUCUGGACAUAGUGGAGGAGAAGAAGCAGGCAGAGUUUGGGAUAGAAGAAACAGUAGUCGUAGACGAAACCAACAAAGGGAAAAUGCAAGUUGCCACUGAUGCUGGGGAAACAUGUAAGGUGGAGCAUCUGUCAAAAAAGGACUCGUCAUCAUUGCCAUCAGAUAGUAGCAGCAGCAGCAGUAGUAGUGAGAGUGAGGAUGAAGAGGUGGGAGAAUACCAGCCACAUCAUAGGGCAAUUGAGGAAGUCAUCAGGGAAGAACAGGAAGAAGAGGAAGACAUGAAAAGGAAAGAACAUGAAGAAAAAAUACAGCAUGUGGAAGCCACACCAGAAGGCAGUAAACUAAAUGUGCCAGUUGAGCACACACAAGUUACAGCCGAAGAUUUGGUCCAGAAAAAUACAGUUACCGUAGCUACAGAAGAGAAGAAAUUGUCAGAGCAAGUUAAGCAAGAUUUAGGUCAAGAAAAAGAGGAGGAACAGCUCAAACUCAAUGGAGAUGUGUCUCAUGUUGACAUUGAUGUUGCACCACAAUUAAUUUGUUGUUCUGAGCCUCCAGUAGUGAAAACAGAGAUGGUAACCAUUUCAGAUGCCACGCAGAGAACUGAAAUCUCCACUAAAGAAAUUCCAAUUGUGCAAACAGAAACUAAAACUAUCACAUAUGAAUCUUCACAGCUUGAUGGCAGCGCUGGUGGCGAUGCCGGCAUGCUGGUGAGUGCGCAGACAAUUACGUCAGAGUCCGUUUCUACUACCACAACUACACACAUCACAAAGAUGGUAAAAGGGGGAGUAUCAGAAACAAGAAUUGAGAAGCGAAUAGUCAUCACUGGAGAUGCAGAUAUUGACCAUGAUGAGGCCCUGGCACAGGCAAUCAAAGAAGCCAAAGAACAGCACCCUGACAUGUCUGUGACAAGAGUGGUGGUGCACAAAGAAACUGAAAUUGCUGAGGAAGAUGAAGAGUAAAAUAAAAAAUGUCCUCAAGCAAAUACUUCAGAAGUAAAAAUGAUACUGACCACGAAGGACUGUAAUCAUUCCAAGUCAUCAUUACUCUACCGAAUCCACCAAGGCUAGCAACGAUGACCAGAUAUUCAUGACUUAAAUGCCAAUACCAAACUCCAUUUUAACAUCUUUGGUCUAUAUUCACUUACAAUCUUUCUUGUUUAUUUUUUAUAACCAAUUCUUAACAACCUUAGAAAUUUUUUUAAAUGAAGUUAUAGAGGGUAUGAUCUUCUUUUGCACAAAUACUUGUGUUUUUGAAAUUGAUUCUUAAGUAUAUGAAAGUGAACAAAAGAAGCUGGAAAGCAUUGUUCACUGGAGUAGGUGGUAAUUGUGCCGGAAGGAGGAUCUUUACUAAUUUAGAUAUAGGGUUUUUUCAGAUAUUUCAAGUGAAAUCUCUUACUGGAGUAAUUUACAGAAUUUUUUUCAGACUAUUCUGGUAAAUAUAAUGAUAUCACAUAAUUAAGUUUUUUAUAAAAAUACAACAUUUGCUAAAAUUUGAAAAAAUAUAUUUCUUUGAAUAAAUUUUAUACUGGUAUCUCUGUAACUCUUUCUGUUCUAAGGUUCUCCUCUCUGUGGAGCAGAGAUGGUAUGGCAGUUUAUAGAGGAGAAGGAGUUGCAGACACAUUUCUUCUGACUGAGCACUGUGUUCUUUUUGCACUUUGGUGCCAAUGCUCAACUUCUUGCAGACUUUUUUGCUGUCUGCAGCAUUCCAGAUAAGGAAAGAAGGACAAACAAAAUAUCUUUCUCUUCUUCCAACAAGAGAUGAUCUAGGCAGCUUAAAACCGUAGUGCUUUUUUUCUUACUGUGUCCCAACUUCAGUACUUCCAUUAUUUGAAUACAUGUGUAGAAUGCUCGCUUGCUAUUAAACUCACUGUCUCCAUGUUAGAACUGACAUUUCUGUUACAGAGAAGGUAUACAUUUCACAUGCUUCCUCUAAUGGUUAGUGCAGGUUUUUAGGAUACUGAGUAAAAGUGUAAUAUGGACUCCAUUCAUAAAGUAAUAAGAGAGUACCAUCAGUUGAGACUGCCAUUGAGAAAACCUGUUAAUUAUACUGGGGUUUAUUUUUAAUUUGUUCUUGCAGAGGGGUUGGUUGUUUGGGGUUUUUUUGCUGUCGACUCUGUGUAUAGUUAAAAUGCCAAAUUAGAUUUAUAGCAGCUUGAAGUUGUAUUAAGUGAUAUUUUGCUUUCUGUAAUUCUGUUAUAAAAUAAAGUUGUUUAUUCUCUGUAUGACUUUUGGCACUCAGACAUAAGAUUGGAGGAUAUUUAAAGUGAGCAGAUUACUUAUAAGAACUGCAGUUCUAGAAGUCACAGAACCUUGAAUAGCAGGGAUUAGUGCAAGUGGUCUGCAGGGCUGCCGGAAGGGUGGCACAAUUGCCUGGCUCCUAGUACAGAUACUAAAGUAUCAGUGUUUUUAAGACAUCUUCCAAUAAACAUCCUGGUUUCUGUAGUUUAGAGAAGAAAUCCUCAGAUGCCAAAACAGAGGAGAUUUGGACAUCGCAGUACAAGUUAGCCUCAGUCUGCAAAUGGACAUACUAUGAUCUUCAGAUAACAAAACACAUCUAAAGCUUCUCCCUACAUUCUUUUUCUCUUCUGAGCAAUGUAUUUUUGGUGUUAAUCUCAGUUUAGAUGGCUGCCAUCUGUCAACAUGCUUGCAUAACAGAAGUUCUUAUUAGUUUUGACUUUGUAUAAUUUGGAUAACAUAAGACAACAGUAACAGAGAUGUUGAUUUCUAUACGCAUAUGGGUGUUCUCAGUCACAUCCCACAUUACCCAGAAAAAUAGCAUAUAACAGGUUCACCUGCUUUUCUUCAAAACCUCAGAUGUUCUGCCUUUCAAAAGGGGAAAGAGAAACCCAUCGGGCCUCAUAACAUAAGGGCAUUGUUGCAACACUGUAAGAGGGUUGUUGAGGAAGUGGCAAGUUUGGGAUAUUUAAGUGUAGGUAAAAAUAGAUACACAUUUUGAGGGAUGUCUUAGCAGAUAUUCCUAUAAAAGGAUGUAAGCUAUAUAAAAUCUUUAAGGUAUUUUUUAUGUGGUGUAGUAUUAGUUGUAGAUCUUGUUUGAUAGUAGGAAAGCAUAUUGAAUUCCUUAUUGAUUUGGAUCGUCCUGAUUAGUUAGACACUAGAGCAAUACUUUUUUGCAAUUGUAUUUAAUCCCUAAAACUGCAAAUAUAAUAUUAUUGAAAUAAA